AUGGAACUAUGGGAGUGGAGGAGUUUCUGGACUUGGCAGAUUGAUGUUGAUAGAUUCUUCGAUGUGAUGGGUGUUCCUGAGAGCAAACAAGUUAAGAUGGUAGCAAUCAGGCUGAAGAAAACUGCUGUUGUAUGGUGGGAUAAACUUGUUAUCCAAAGACAAAGGCAAAGAAAAGGACCAGUCAAGACUUGGCGUAGAAUGAAGCAGUUGAUGCUUGAUCGGUUCUUACCAGAAGACUAUGAGCAGAUUCUCUACAAGAUGUAUCUCGAAUGUGUUCAAGGUAAACGAACAGUGACAGAGUACACAGCUGAGUUUGUGCGUUUCUCUGAACGCAAUGAUCUAGGAGAGACAGAUAAUCAAAAGGUGGCUAGAUACAUCAGUGGUUUAAGAAGCUCUAUACAAGAGAGAAUUGGUUUACAGACCGUAUGGACUGUGCAAGAGGCUUCUAGUUUAGCUUUGAAGGCUGAGCUAAUGGAGAAGUCAACUCGCAGUUUUUCUUCAUUCAAGAGGUUUACACCUCAGAAUAACUACGAGGCAGCAAACGAAAAGGAAAAGAAUGUUGGUCACAAAUCAAAUGUUUGUCCAAGCAGAAGAACUGUUGCUUUGCUAGGAGAAGAAGAAGACGAAGAACAAGAGUUUAAUGAGGAUGAUGAAUAUGAAGGGGUUGAAUUUGCUGAAGAGGAAUCACAUGAGAAGAUAAACAUUGUGCUUCAGAGAAUCUUAUUGUCAUCUAAGGACGAAGGACAACGCAAGAAUUUGUUUAGAACACACUGCUCAAUUCAAAACAAAGUGUGUAAUGUGAUUGUGGAUAAUGGAAGCACAGAGAAUUUGGUUUCUCAAAAGCUGGUUGAUUUUCUGAAGUUGCCAACAAAAGAACAUGAAAAUCCAUUUCCUCUUGGGUGGAUAAAGAAGGGCUCACAAGUUCGAGUAACAAUGACUUGCAGAGUUCCCAUCUCCAUUGGGAAACACUACAAGGAAAAGAUAAUUUGUGAUGUUCUUGACAUGGAUGUUUGUCAUGUUUUGUUUGGUCGACCUUGGCAAUAUGAUAAUGAUAUCACAUAUCGAGGACGAGAUAAUGUGAUAUUAUUUACUUGGGGAACACAUAAAAUUGCUUUGGCUCCUGUUUUGGAUUUUGAUAGAAGCGAAGGGAAAAAGAAGUCCAAUUUCUUGGUAAUGACACAUAGCUAA